UUAAUCUUGCGAAAGAGGAUAACAGAAUAAAGCUGGUUACUAUUUUUUUAUGUAUGAAGAACCGGGUACGUGACAAGAUACCAGUAAUGCUAUCGUGGCGAGCAAGAUGGCGACACACUUAGCCGAUUUAGAUUUUCCUCCGUAUGUCAUAAAAUGCGUCGACGAAACUCACUUUCUUGUCGCAGGAGGAGGCGGACACGCCAGAACUGGAGUUCCAAAUUUUAUAGAAAUCUUUGAAUUGCAAAGGAGAGGGCGACGCUUGUUUGCAGACAGCAAAUUGCAGUAUGACACGGAUGUAGGCGAGGACAGGGCUGCCAUUAUGAAUGCUGCCCUAAGAUUUGACGGCAAAGAGUAUCUUCUGGCAGCAGGAAAAGAUGAAAAAUGCCAAUUUUACAAGUUUGUCAAAACAAAAGAAGCAAUGAAAGAGGGCGAAGAGGAGCCAAAACCCAACCAGACAUCUAACAAUGGGAAUGACACAGGUAGCACAAGAAAACGCAAGAAAGCAAAAGAAGCCAAGCAGACUGCAGACAGCAAUAAAUCCAAAGAGAGUACUACCAAGUCAGAGAAGACUUCCUCACAGGAACCAGCUGUAGUUGUCACCAAAUUUGACCUCGAGAGAUUAGGAUCGGUUCAGACAGAUUUCACAGAUGGAGACAAAUAUCAGAAAGCAGUUUGCUUCUCACCGAACGGAAUGUUUUUUGCCACUGGAGGCGCAGACGGACAUGUCAGAAUGUGGUCUUAUCCAUCAUUUGAGAAACAGUACGAGAUAAAAGCUCACUCCAAAGAAGUGGAUGAUAUUAUCAUAAACCCUCUAGGAAACAGGCUGGUAUCUGUGUCCAGAGACUCAACAGCCAUCGUAUGGAAAACAGUGGAUGGCAGCAAAAUGUGCGAUCUGAAAUGGGAUGGGGUAAAGGCUGAGCAGACUACCAGUUACAGAGUUAGGUGCUGUAGGUUUGGCUUUAUUGAUAGCGACCCCAGCAAGUCCAACAUGUACACCAUCCACAUCCCUCGCAUCCAGGGCAAGACGAAGUCUUCUUACCUCACUCGAUGGAAUGCCAUCAAGUACACACCAGAAAAGACCGUUUGCACGGGAACUGAUGUCUUGUCAGCUUUGAAUAUUAGUCACAGUGGUAAUCUGGUCGGUCUAGGCACAAUGUCUGGCUCCAUUGGCGUCUAUAUCUCCUUCAGUUUGCAGAAAUUGCGUGUGGUGAAAGAUGUGCACGGUAUCUUUGUGACAGGACUCUGUUUUGUUCCGAUGACAAGAACAACGCGUGACCUACUCGGAGACCUUGAGACAGCUGUGCUGAGCGUAUCCGCUGACAAGAAAGUAUCCAUUGUUGCCUUGGAACCCCCAAUGGAAUUUCCAGCAUGGUUGAUGUUCGUUGGAGCAUUCCUACUCAUCAUUCUCAUCUUCACAGGAUUAGCGGCACUCGGCCUCAGCUUUUAAACGCUGACCUUUACGCCACAUCUGUGCUUACAUCUGACUGCAGCCAAUUAGAAUACAGGGAAUGAAUAUUUGUCUUGUUGUUUCCAUCCAAUGAAAUAUUAAAUGAAGUGAUGUUUCUGCUUUCCUUCAUUCCUGAAGUCAAAUCCCAGUUUCAUGAAGAAGCCAAGCAGAAACUGUUCAGUUUAGCAGAAAGCAGCAGAAUACAGUCAUAACUCUCUAAGACUGCAAUACAGGUUGGCUGGUAACCAAGUAUUUUCAGUGGUACUUGGCAUGUCUCUGAAAUUGAGGCCGUUUGCUGAUUUAGUUGGCUCUAGCUUACUUACACACAACCCUAUCACAUGGCUUUGGUCUCCUGUCCAGACAAAAAUUUUCUAAGCCAACUCAAACAUUAUUGUGUUAUUUUUGGAUCUGUGUGGAUGUUUGGAUGUUAUCUGACCUUGUUCAAUGAAAGAUAAUUGACCAUUCUUCAUAUAUAUGUUCCUGUUAUUUUUAUGAAGGGUGUAACUGAAUUUUAGUGUUUUUUAAAGUGUCUAUGGAUAUUCCAUUAUUAUUCUGGUAGAGGAAAUGUUUGUAGCCACAGCCUAAAGUGCCAUUUAGGUCGUGGCAAUAGAAACCCACCAGUUUAUAGUCUUUUGGUGGUUUUAACGAAGUAAUCUCUACUCUGAGACCCAGUAACGUUUUGGUCAUGUUCUUGUUAGUCAUCAGCAGAUCCUGGGAGAGGCAAGUAAAGCCAUUGAAUAAAAUGUGAGGCUGAUGUUAGGACAACUUUAAACAUAUAAACAGCCUCUGAGUUUAGCCUCAGGAUCUGCCCUUCUUCGUCAAAAUUGUAUGCAAUAAUAAUUCCUCACACUUUUCUGUAACAAUUGUAGCCUUUUGAAUGGGCAUGUUUAAAACUAUGAGAUAGUGUCAGGUUUAGUGGGUCUACAGUCCUGAAUGAGGGACUUAUUUACGCAUUUUAAUGCAAGAAAGUAAUCAUAAAAAUUACAAAUAUUUGUUGUUAUUAAUUAAAUAUUUUUGUCAUGAUUUUACUAAACAGUACUUUCACGAUAAUAGCUACACGAAAAAAUAUGUAAUAUACAGUUAGGUUGUAUUAUGAAAACGGUUCACGAAAUUUUGAUGAUGCAACUUUUGGUGAUUAAAUUUGGUAAAUGUAUAUGAUCAAAA